AUGGCCCCGGCCCGCUUAAAGGCGGCGGCGGCCGCGCCGCGGGCAGAGCGAGGAGCCCUCCGUCGCGGCCGCCGCCGGCCCGGAGCCGGCGCGAAGAUGCCCCGGGGCUUCCUGGUGAAGCGCAGCCGGCGGCCCACCCCCGUGUCCUACCGGGCGCGCUGCUGCCGCGAGGCCGCCGCCGGCCCGCCGCUCCCGGCCGGCGCCGCCCCGCCGCCCGCCUGCCCCGCCGCGCCGCCGCCCCCGCCGCGGGACUCGCCGCCGCCGGUGCCGUUCGGGACGCCCGAUGCCGCCGUGCAGGCGCUGUACAGCCCCACGCGGCCCGUCAGCAGGGACAAGUACCUGGAGCGCGGCUUCAGCCUGGGCUCGCCCGUCUCGGCCGAGUCCUUCCCCGCGCCGGCCGUGCCCGGCACCAUGGACCCGAUCCUCUUCGCCCCGGCUGACCUCAAGCUCUGGGCCGCUGCUGGCCACGCCGAGCCGCCCGCCGCCCACCCCGGCCCCGGUGGAGCCCCCGCGCCGCCCGCCCCGGCCGCGCCGCCAGCCUCGGGCCGCCCGCUGCCCGCCAAGCGCCCGCCGGGCGCGUCCGAAGCCGGGCGGCAGAAGGCUCCGUCCAGCAAGAAGACGAAGGCGAUCCGCAAGCUGACCUUCGAGGACGAAGUGACCACCUCUCCCGUGCUGGGGCUGCGCAUCAAGGAGGGUCCGGUGGAGGCGCCGGCCAAGGCACGGGGCGGCUGCGCCCGUCCGCUGGGCGAGUUCAUCUGCCAGCUCUGCAAGGAGGAGUACGGGGACCCCUUCGCGCUGGCGCAGCAUCGCUGCUCCCGUAUCGUCCGGGUGGAGUACCGCUGCCCCGAGUGCGACAAGGUCUUCUCCUGCCCCGCCAACCUCGCCUCCCACCGGCGCUGGCACAAACCGCGUCCGCCCACGACCAAGAGCGGCCCCGAGGCGGGCCGGGCACCGGCCGCGGGCCCGGGCUCGGCCCCGGCGGAGGAGACGCCGAAGGAGGCGAGCGGCGGCAGCGGCAGCGAGCGGGACACGCCGAGCCCUGGCGGAGCCUCGGAGGCGGGCUCCGAGGAGGGGCUCUUCGAGUGUCCCCGCUGCGCCAAGCGGUUCCGCCGGCAAGCCUACCUGCGCAAGCACCUGCUGGGGCACGCCGCACCGGCACCGGCACCGGCCCCGGCACCCGCCCCGGCCCCGGAACCCAGCGCCGAGGAGCUGCCUGCCGCCGAGUGCCGCCUCUGCCCCGUCUGUGGGGAGACCUUCCCCAGCAAGAGCAGCCAGGAGCGGCACCUGCGCCUCCUGCACGCCGCCCAGGUCUUCCCCUGCAAGUACUGCCCGGCCACCUUCUACAGCUCUCCCGGCCUCACCCGGCACAUCAACAAGUGCCACCCCUCGGAGAACCGGCAGGUCAUCCUGCUCCAGGUGCCGCUGCGCCCCGCCUGCUGAGCCGCCCGUGCCUUCCCCGCCGCCCCGCGCCGCUCCCCCGGGGCAGCCACACGAUUAGCUUUAAUACGGCUUGUGACCUGCUGGAAUCUGGCUUUACACUUACCUUCCCGGGGUCUCUCUCUUCUUUUU